AUCCAGAGUCUGCAACAGCUGCAGGAGAUAUUCACGACGGCCCUGUUCCCCGCCAAGAGGUUCUGGAGGAUCCGGAUCUCGGGGGCGCCCCUCGGAGACCUGCCGGAGGACCUCUUCCAGGACGUCCAGUUCGACGAAAUCCACAUCGACGCCUGCAACGUGACCUCCGUGCACCCCGACGCCUUCAGGGCCUCCAAGCCCAACAUGGACACGAUGGAGAUGUAUUCGAACCUCCUGACGGACGAAACGUUUCCCUGGGAGACUUUGAACGAGUACCCUAAGCUGUGGCGCGUCCACCUCCACCACAACCUCUUCAGGACCUUCCCCCAGCUGGUGUCGGACGCCCUUGAGGACAUCAACCUCUGGGAGAACCCCAUCACGACCUUCACGCGAGAGUCCUUCGAAGGGGCGCCCAACCUCAGGAUUAUCAAUGUGAGCCCCAACGUAGAAGGAUUCCCCGAGGACGCGUUCCAAGCCCUUGAGAAUCUGGAGGAGCUUCACCUGAGCAACAACCACCUGGGGGAUCUCCAUCGGGGCCACAUCUCCCUCAACUCGGAGAAGUUCAAAUAUCUUUAUCUCUCCAACAACGGCAUUAGCACCAUCGAACCGGAUGCCAUUACUGGAUUUACGAGCACCCGCCUGAAGUUAUUCCUCGAGGACAACAACUUGACCCGCGUGGAGGAGGCAGUGUUUCCGGCCUCUGAUGGACCGCAUGCUGGACGGGUGGGGCGAGAUCGACCUCGAGGGCAACCCCCUCGUCUGCGACUGCGACAUGUUUUGGCUCCUCAGCAACGCGACCUUCCUCUCCAACGUUAGAUCCGGCUCGUGUAACGGCGUCGACCUCCACGACGUCGAUAUAACAUCGUGGAAUUGUUGAAUAAGACUGUGGUAUUUCUCUUUUUUAUUCCUGUCUUUAUUAUAUCCAUGCCUGUUUAUCUCUUGCUUUUCCAAAUGAAUUAAUAAAAGAUAAAAAAAAUCCUGUGAAUUUUCAUAGUGUAACUGAUGUGUUUACAGUGCGUGGACGAACUUGCUUUAUAUUAAUGAAAUUGAUGAUAAUAAAAACUUCAUCCCUGUUAAUUA